UGCAUCUGCAAUAUUGUUUACUACUAAUGUCAGAGAAGAAAUAAACAUAUUUAUAUUUCUAUUUUACUUUAAAUUUACAAUUACAAACAUGAACAUAAAGAGAAACAAGCAUUUUUUCGAUUUGUAUUGGGAAGAUAUACUAGUGUCAAGGAUCAUGCCCUUCUUAACAAUUAGGGAGUGCUUUAAUUUUCGCUGCGUAUCUAGAACUUGCCUCCAAAUAACUGAUAUGUAUUUUGCGAAGUUAAAAUCUUUAAAAUUGAUGAAUAAAGGAUUUUCGCCGCAUACAUUUGAAGUAUUCGCAUUGACAUGCAGAAGGCUAGAACUUUUAAAUUUGAGCCGAUGUGUAUCCAUUACUGAUACAGACCUGAUUCCUAUGCUCCGACGCAAUCCAGAACUUAUCAACUUGAAUUUGAGCCAAUGUAAAAACUUGACUGCGAAAUGUCUUCAACCAGCUAUAUUGUAUUGCAAUAAUUUGAGAGUUUUAAAGCUAUCCAAAUGUUCCUGGCUAACAACUGGUGCUAUGGAAGCACUUGCCCUUCAUCAAAACCAAUUAGAGGAUGUAGAUUUGGCUUUCUGUGUCUCAAUUUCAGAGAGCUGUAUACUUGUGUUCAUUAAAAAAUUUAGACAAUUGAAAACUUUGAAUUUGGAAGGCAAUGUACAGGUUACCGAUAAAUGCCUCUACACAAUGUCCAAGUAUAGUAAAUCCUUGAAGCUUCUUAAUUUAGGAGGUUGCUGUGAAAUUUCCGACAAGGGUAUCAUAGCCCUUGCCUUACACUGCCACAAACUAGAGGGUCUGCUUAUAAGAGGAUGUACAAAAGUAACGGAGAAUAGUCUCCGUCUAAUGAGAAAUAGAGUACACUUAGACAGGAGGCCUGCAGAAAUUCCCCCCGUACCUUUAAAUGUGCAGAUUUGACGGUUGUGUGGAUUUUUUAUGUGUAUAUAAGUUUAAUUUAUAUUUUCUGUAAGUUAAAUGUUUUAUAAAUAAUUCUUAAACAAAUAUAUUCUUGGAGUAAAACCACAUGAUAAAAGCUUGUUCUAUAAUAAUUAUAAAGAAUUUUAUUUUAAUCAGUGAUUGUGCCUAAUCUUUUCCGACAUCUAUGAGCCCAACAAACUGAACAACUUUUAGUGAUGUGAAGCUAAGAAGAAAUUUCAGAUUUAUACUAAAUUUGUGAUUAUUAUAUUUUAUUAAUAAAACUUCUUACUAUAAAUUAAAAAUCAGUACAACAUCCUCUUAUACCCCUCUGAUCUGAUUGCAAAUAAAUGAGUAACAAUUUGUAAUUACAGUAAAUGGAAAAUAAGCUUCACAUUUUUUUUAUUGGCUAACAAUGUUCUAAUCACUUUUUUUCUUUUGUUAAAUAUAUCGUCGUCUAAAGUUGGAAAACUC